UCAUAUUAAUUAUCUUUAAUUUCGUAUUUGCCGCUAAAAAAUGGCAUUAUCAAAGAGUUUCCUUCUUCUUGGCCUUACUUUUGCUAUUGUUCUUCUCAUUUCCUCUCAGGUUUCAGCUCGUCAGCUUACUCGGACUUAUCCACCACAGUAUGCACCAUCAGACAAGUAUGAACCUGCACCGGAACGUGAACAUGAACAUGAAUAUGAACGUAGACAUGAAUUCGAACACAAAUACGAACAUGGACAUGGACAUGACAAAGACGAAGACGAAGACGAACAUAAACGUUCACGUUCACGUUCAUUUUCACUUUCACUUGACCAUUCCCAUUCACAUAAACAUCGUCAUGAAGGCCGCCAUGAACACAGCCAUCAGGACCAGAAAGAACACGAGAAACAUCAUAGUCUCGUAAUAAAAAGUGAACAUCGUAAAAAUUCAUUGAAUUAAGUAACAAAAUCUCGCCUUCUUAAAGGCUACUGCUUGAUUAUUUAGCAUGUAUAUUAUUACUUAAACAAUAAUUGGUGUCAAAGUAAAGCCAUCGGUUUAGCCGUAAAAUGGACUUCUUGAAUUAUAAUUUUCAAGUUGUAAUAAGCUUACUAUUUAAUGUCACGAGUGUAAAUAAAAUUAUUAUUUAUAUCUUAUCUA